UUGCUGUUGGUUCUGUCAGCGGAGCGGCGCUUGAACCGGGAGUAACACGAAAACAAAAAGGCACCAAGAUGACCGACCAGCUCAUGAAAGCGGCUCGAUGCCCAACAGACGAACUCUCGUUGACCAACUGUGCCGUCAUCAAUGAGAAGGAGCCGCAGUUCGAACAACAUGUGACUGUGCGCAAUCUAGCCCACAUGUACGUGUUCACCUUGAGGAAGCAUCCCAGCGUUAACUCCGAGACCAUCGCCUUCAGCCUGCUGCAGAGAAAAUGGGCUGGCCUAUCGCUUGGACAAGAGGUUAAAGUAACGAACUACAAGUUUGACAAGUCCAAACAGUGCAUCAGCAGCAUGAUAGUGGAGAUUGACUUCCUGCAGAAGAAGAGCGUGGACAGCAACCCCUACGACUCCGACAACAUGGCCAAAGAGUUCCUCCAGCACUUCAACAACCAGGCCUUCAGCGUCGGCCAGCAGUUUGGGUUUAGUUUCUGUGAUAAACUGUUCGACUUGGUGAUACAAGACAUCGAGGCCAUGGACCCGAGCAUCCUGAAGGGAGAAGAAGCCUCUGGCGAGAAACUCAAGAUUGAAAUCGGUUUGUUGCUGGGAAACAGCCAGGUGAUCUUUGAGAAGUCCGAGACCUCGUCCAUGACUCUAAUUGGGAAGGCUAAGACCAAAGAGUCUCGCCAGUCCAUCAUCAGCCCAGACUGGAACUUCGAGAGGAUGGGCAUCGGAGGCCUCGACAAGGAGUUUUCUGACAUAUUCCGCAGAGCCUUUGCCUCGCGGGUCUUCCCUCCAGACAUGGUGGAACAGAUGGGCUGCAAGCACGUGAAGGGCAUCCUGCUGUUCGGGCCCCCGGGCUGCGGUAAAACGCUGAUGGCGCGGCAGAUCGGCAAGAUGCUGAAUGCCCGGGAGCCCAAGAUCGUCAACGGCCCCGAGAUCCUCAACAAGUACGUCGGCGAGUCCGAGGCCAACAUCAGGAAGCUGUUUGCCGAUGCAGAGGACGAGCAGAAGAGGCUUGGCGCAAACAGCGGCCUUCACAUCAUCAUAUUUGACGAGAUCGACGCAAUCUGCAAGCAGCGCGGCAGCAUGGCCGGCAGCACGGGGGUCCACGACACCGUGGUCAACCAGCUGCUGUCCAAGAUCGACGGCGUGGACCAGCUCAACAACAUCCUGGUCAUAGGUAUGACCAACAGGCCGGACCUGAUCGACGAGGCCUUGCUGAGGCCCGGAAGACUGGAGGUGAAGAUGGAGAUCGGGUUACCGGAUGAAAGAGGCCGCGUCCAGAUCCUCCACAUCCACACGGCGAAGAUGCGCCAGCACGAGCUGCUGACCGCCGACGUGAACAUCAAGGAGCUGGCGGCGGAGACGAAGAACUACAGCGGCGCCGAGCUGGAGGGCCUGGUCAGGGCCGCACAGUCCACCGCCAUGAACCGGCACAUCAAGGCCAGCAACAAGGUGGAGGUGAACAUGGAGACGGCAGAGAAGCUGCAGGUCAGCCGACUGGACUUCAUGGGCUCCCUGAAUAACGACAUCAAACCUGCGUUUGGCACCAACCAGGAGGACUACGCCAGCUACAUCAUGAACGGGAUAAUCCGGUGGGGCGACCCGGUGUCGGCAGUGCUGGAGGACGGGGAGCUGCUGGUGCAGCAGACGAAGAACAGCGAGCGCACGCCGCUGGUGUCCGUGCUGCUGGAGGGUCCACCGAACAGCGGGAAAACGGCGCUGGCCGCUAAGAUCUCGGAAGACUCCCACUUCCCCUUUAUCAAGAUCUGCUCCCCCGACAAGAUGAUCGGACACUCGGAGAUCGCCAAAUGUCAAGCCAUCAAAAAGAUAUUUGAAGACGCCUACAAGUCCCAGCUGAGCUGCGUGGUCGUGGACGACAUCGAGCGUUUGCUAGACUACGUCCCCAUUGGCCCUCGGUUCUCCAACCUGGUGUUGCAAGCUCUGCUGGUGCUGCUGAAGAAACCUCCUCCCAAGGGCCGUAAGCUGCUGAUCAUCGGCACCACGAGUCGUAAAGACGUCCUGCAGGAAAUGGAGAUGUUGGAUGCUUUCAGCACCACCAUCCAUAUUCCCAACAUCUCAAGGGGAGAGCAGCUGGUCGAGGCUCUGGAGCUGCUCGGUAGUUUUCAAGAUGUGGAGCGGGCCGACAUCGCCAAAGCCGUGAAGGGCCAGAAUCUGUGGAUCGGCAUCAAGAAGUUGCUCAUGCUGAUCGAAAUGGCCGUGCAGAUGGAUCCGGGCUACAGAGUGAGCAAGUUCCUGAGCCUGCUGAAGGACGAAGGAGCACUGGGCUCCGAUAAGUUCCUCUAGACUCGGUGGAGCCACGCGGUGAAACAGACGCUGCGGAGGAACGGAAGCUGGAGAGAAGCUGGCAGGGGAAGGAGAUGAGUUUCCAGCCCCCCUCCCUCCCACUGCACCUCCAUGAGCAUUUACCAACCAGGCGAACCUCCUCCUCCUCAUCAGCACUGUGUGAACACACACACACACACACACACACGAGCAGUGUCUGUGUAUAUUGAAGAAGACUAGUGCUGUAAUCUCCAUGUGAUGCCCUGAGCAUGUCUUUUGGAUUUUAUAUAUACAUAUAUAUAUAUAUAUAUAGAUAUCUUUCUUUGUAUUCUGUAAUCUGAUCAUUGCUUUAUCUCUUAAUGAUCUCACUUUGUUCUUAACACACAUCAUGUUCGUGCUCAUGUCUGACCUUUUUUCUUUUUAUGAAUAAAUUAAUUAUAUUACGAGUACAAAGGAGAACAUCUGCAUUGUGUGACGUGGUUAUGAAUGACGGUUCCUCGCACCACGGGCGGCUUUAAGGAGGCGCGUCUCUACAGGAGAUGAUGAACACGGUGAUGUACCAGCGUCUCCAUGGAAACCGUCGUGCCGAUCGACCACCGGGGGCUCCUGGCGUGUUGAACUCUUCAGGACGCGUCUUCGAUUAUGAUCUCGUCGAAUCAUCUCAUAACUCGACUUCUCGCGGUUAACCUGUGCGGCGUGUUGCGCAAUAAUAAGACGCCGGGAGCGCCUGCGGAACGAGGGCGGCGGAGGGACUACUUUAUCUGCCGUGUUCUACAUGUCUUGUAUGUUUUUGAUUGAGAUGUGAUGGUGUCGCUUCAUCCGGAUCAUCCCGUCAUGCACAUGGAGCUUGUGUGGCCUCAAGUAGCGGCCGUACAGGGCUCAUUAAAAGCUGGAAAAGUCAUGGAAUUUUAAAAUGUUAUUUCCAGACCUGAAAAAGUCUGAGAAAAUUGCUGAAAUCUCAAAAGUUUUGGAAAAUUGUUAUAUUCAUAUGUUCAUUUGACGGUUUGAUUAAAAGAAUAAACGUUUAUAUAAAUAUA